CUCUAAAAUGCUCUUCCCGCACUGCCUCGCCUGCUGUAGGAUUUCUCUGGUCCCUUUUCUUUCUACAAGAAAAGGCCUUAAAAUGCCUAGCUCCAGAGCCAUGUCCCGACCACUUUCUUCCAAAACCGUAACCUCGGUUCCAGGGGCCCCAAAAUUUCCUAUUCGAGCUCGCGUGAGGAGGAACAGCAGAAGGAGGAUGGUGGAGGUUACCAUGGAUGUUCCAGGAAGGGAAGCACCCGAACCCAAAUCUGAUAGGUUGCCAGAUAUAGAAGAGUUUGUGUAUAAUCCAGUCCAGGCAUCUGAAAGUUCUAAAUCAGGUAUUAUCGCUUAUAUUGAUACAAAGAUGGUGAAAUCCAUUUCCAUUGGGUCAAAAGUGGAAAUGCCAGCGAAUUGGGAAAUAGUUCUUGAUGGAAUAAAGAAAAUGAGGUUCUCGGGAAAUGCUCCAGUAGAUUCCAAGGGUUGUGAGAAGGCUGGUAGAUUCCUUCCUCCCAAGGAAAGAAGAUUUGCAGUUUUAGUGUCUUCUCUACUAUCCAGCCAAACCAAGGAUGAAGUUAACCAUGGUGCCAUGCAACGUCUUUCUGAGAAUGGUCUACUGGAUGCUGCUGCAAUUAUUGAAACGGAUGAAGCGACCAUUGCAAAACUGAUUUAUCCAGUUGGAUUUUACUUGAGGAAAGCCAAGUACAUGAAGAAAGUAGCUGAAGUUUGUCUCGCCAAGUAUGGAGGGGAUAUUCCAAAUUCUCUGGAUGACUUGCUUUCACUUCCUGGAGUUGGUCCUAAAAUGGCUUAUCUGGUUAUGAACGUUGCAUGGAAUAAUGUGCAAGGAAUAUGUGUUGACACUCAUGUGCACCGCAUCAGUAAUCGUUUGGGAUGGGUAUCACAACCGGGCACAAUGCAGAAAACGCGUUCUCCUGAAGAAACAAGAGUGUGUUUGCAGAAAUGGCUUCCAAAGAAAGAAUGGGAUCCGAUUAAUCCACUUCUGGUUGGGUUUGGACAAACUGUGUGCACUCCUCUCAGGCCGAAAUGCAACAUCUGCUCUGUAAAUAAUCUCUGCCCAUCUGCUUUCAAAGAAUCACCAAACCCCACACCGAAGUCCUCAAAGAAACUAAGAGACAAGUGAGGCCUCUCAAAGUUUUGACCUUCAGUCUGGUAUUUUGUGCAGUUCUAACCGCUUACACUUUGAUGUUAUAAUCAGCAAUUUGCUUCAUUAUGUAUAUGCUGCUAAUUUUGGUAGUGAUUGCUGAUAUCAAAAAGCAAAUUAUCAGUUAAUUUUUUGGAUUGCUGUUACCAUAUACCCAACCGGCCUCCUAUAGUUUUGUUUUAGAUUAAAUUUCAAUGACAUUUGUGCCAUUUCCUGAAGCCUUUAUA